AUGGUGGUCGUCAACCACCAUUCCGACCGUAGGCGGUUCAGGGGCACUCCAGUUCCAUCUUUCGCGGCCAAUGUCACUUCCGUUCCCAAUGUCGUGACGGUCACGACCAUCAAUAGCGUCGCGGCGGCAAAUGCCAUUUCCAUCGUCGCGGCGGUACCGUCGCCUCCCAUCACCGCCUUUUCGUCGCCCUCCCUUCCCCUGCCCGUCGCGCUCCCUUCCCUGCCCAUCGCGCUCCCUUCCCUACCCGUGGCGCUCCCUUCCGUCAUUCCCGACACAUAUUGCCUUCUCGUCAUUCUCCCUUUUCGUGGCUCUUUUUUUUUUUUUUCCUGCACGUCGCCCUCGCUUCCCCUCCCCGUCGCGCUCCCUUUCCCUCCCCGUCGUGCUCCCUUCCCCUCCCCGUCGUGCUCCCUUCCCCUCCCCGUCGUGCUCCUUCCCCUCCCCGUCUCGUUCCCUUCCCCUCCCCGUCUCGUUCCCUUCCCCUCCCCGUCUCGUUCCCUUCCCCUCCCCGUCUCGUUCCCUUCCCCUCCCCGUCUCGUUCCCUUCCCCUCCCCGUCUCGUUCCCUUCCCCUCCCCGUCUCGUUCCCUUCCCCUCCCCGUCUCGUUCCCUUCCCCUCCCCGUCUCGUGCCCUUGCCCUUCCCUUCUUUCCUCUCUUGUUCCUCGCCUUACCCUUGCAUUCCACCGAGCACUGCAUCCCGUUUCGUCAUUUUCGCCAAGUCCGCUUCCCACCACUCUCGUUUCCCCCCUUGUACUUUCCCCCUCCCUUGUCCCCGCUGACCUUCCCACCGUUUUCCCCCUCCCCCCUCCCUCCCUUUCCCUCGUGUCCUCCCACCCCUUGCCCCUCAAUCCCUGACUCCUUGUCCUGCCCUCCCUUCCUCUUAGCCCGCCCAGCCUCAAUCCCAAGGCCCUUGUCCCUCCCCCCUUCCCCCCCCAUGUCCUUCCCUCCGUCCUUUCCUCCGUUUCCCCCUUCUCCCUCUGACUCGCCCUCCCUCUCCCUCCACGCUUCUCGCCCUUAUCCCCACACAUGUCCUCCUCCUUUCCCUCCCAUCUCUCAACGAACCCUCUCUUUCCUCCCCUCCCCCCUUGCUCCAUUUCUUCUAAUUUCCGCCCUUCCCCCUCUUCGCCUCUCCUUCCCUCCCUCGCUGUCCCUCUCUCUUCGCCUCUCCUUCCCUCCCUCGCUGUCCCUCACUCUUCGCCUCUCCUUCCCUCCCUCGUUGUCCCUCUCUCUUCGCCUCUCCUUCCCUCCCUCGCUGUCCCUCUCUCUUCGCCUCUCCUUCCCUCCCUCGCUGUCCCUCUCUCUUCGCCUCUCCUUCCCUCCCUCGCUGUCCCUCUCUCUUCGCCUCUCCUUCCCUCCCUUGCUGUCCCUCACCCUUCGCCUCUCCUUCCCUCCCUCGCUGUCCCUCUCUCUUUGCCUCUCCUUCCCUCCCUCGUUGUCCCUCUCUCUUCGCCUCUCCUUCCCUCCCUCGCUGUCCCUCUCUCUUCGCCUCUCCUUCCUCCCUCGCUGUCCCUCUCUCUUCGCCUCUCCUUCCCUCCCUCGCUGUCCCUCUCUCUUCGUCUCUCCUUCCCUCCCUCGCUGUCCCUCUCUCUUCGCCUCCCGUCCCUUCCCUCUCUGCUGGCCCCUUCGCUCUUUUCCCUCUCAGCCCCUCUCCUCCUUUCUCUCUCAGCCCCUCUCCUCCUUUCUCUCUCAGCCCCUCUCCUCCUUUCUCUCUCAGCCCCUCUCCUCCUUUCUCUCUCAGCCCCUCUCCGCCUUUCCCUCUCAGCCCCUCUCCUCCUUUCUCUCUCAGCCCCUCUCCUCCUUUCUCUCUCAGCCCCUCUCCUCCUUUCUCACUCAGCCCCUCUCCUCCUUUCUCUCUCAGCCCCUCUCCGCCUUUCCCUCUCAGCCCCUCUCCUCCUUUCUCUCUCAGCCCCUCUCCGCCUUUCCCUCUCAGCCCCUCUCCUCCUUUCCCUCUCAGCCCCUCUCCUCCUUUCUCUCUCAGCCCCUCUCCUCCUUUCUCUCUCAGCCCCUCUCCUCCUUUCUCUCUCAGCCUCUCCCCUCCCCUCCCCUCCCUCUCCUCUAA